UCUUUGGUCGUCACGGAGCUUUUCAACACCGAGCCCUUCGAUUGGUCGAAAUGCAAGCCCCGGGGAAUGAUCUUUGCACGCGAUUGGCUGGCGCCGCGCAGCGACGCCUGCGGCCGAGGAGAGCGGGUCGUAAGGAGGGAGACGCCAUCCAACCGAAAUUUCACGAUGGAAUUUCUCAAGAGCUGUAUGCUCAGAAGAAAUGCUCGCACUGCGGCGGGCUUCUGGAGAAGCCAGGCCGCGCGACAGCCUCCAGGUAGAGAGAUCAGUACCACCUGCCCGAGGAGCACUGUCAUGCCCGCUUGGGUGAUAGAUAAAUAUGGGAAGAAUGAGGUGCUUCGGUUUACUCAGAACAUGAUGAUCCCUGUCAUACACUAUCCGAAUGAAGUUAUUAUCAAAGUUCACGCUGCAAGUGUCAAUCCUAUAGACGUUAAUAUGAGAAGUGGUUAUGGAGCUACGGCUUUAAAUAUGAAACGUGAUCCUUUACAUAUUAAAACCAAAGGAGAAGAAUUUCCCCUGACUCUGGGUCGAGAUGUGUCUGGUGUGGUGAUGGAAUGUGGACUUGAUGUGAGGUACUUCAAGCCGGGAGAUGAGGUCUGGGCUGCAGUUCCUCCCUGGAAACAAGGCACCCUGUCAGAGUUCGUUGUAGUCAAUGGGAAUGAGGUCUCUCUCAAGCCCAAAUCACUCACUCAUACUCAAGCUGCCUCUUUGCCAUAUGUGGCUCUCACAGCCUGGUCUGCCAUAAACAAGGUUGGUGGCCUGAAUGACAAGAACUGUACAGGAAAACGUGUUUUAAUCUUGGGUGCUUCAGGCGGAGUUGGUACUUUUGCCAUACAGGUAAUGAAAGCAUGGGAUGCUCAUGUGACAGCAGUUUGCUCUCAGGAUGCCAGUGAACUUGUAAGGAAGCUUGGGGCAGAUGACGUAAUUGAUUACAAAUCUGGAAAUGUGGAAGAACAGUUGAAAUCUUUAAAACCGUUUGAUUUCAUUCUUGAUAAUGUUGGUGGAUCCACUGAAACAUGGGCUCUAAAUUUUCUCAAGAAAUGGUCAGGAGCCACGUAUGUGACCUUGGUGACUCCUUUUCUCCUAAACAUGGACCGAUUGGGCAUAGCGGAUGGCAUGCUGCAGACCGGAGUCACCGUGGGUUCUAAGGCAUUAAAGGUAGUGAGAGCAACAUUUCUGGCAAGGAGUCCAUUAUCGCUGGGCCUUUUUCAUGGCCAGUGGUCUGUAUCUAGAUGACAUUGCAAAAUUGGUGGAUGAGGGAAAGAUUCGGCCCGUUAUUGAAAAAACCUUUCCUUUUUCUCAAGUUCCAGAGGCCUUCCUGAAGGUAGAAAGAGGACAUGCAAGAGGAAAGACUGUAAUUAAUGUCGUUUAAAUAAAUACUCAGUGUGAG